AUGCCCUCCCGCACCCUCCUCCUUCGCUUCCCAAGGCAAUCCCCCCAAGUCCUACUUCCCACUGCCCGCCGGCGCUGCUACUCGGCAAAACCAGCCGCCGCAUCAUCAGACCAAGAACCACUGAUCCGCGUCACCGACCUUCCUGCCCCCAACACAGGCCACAUCCGUAUCCUCGAGCUCAACCGCCCCUCUGCACGGAACGCCAUCUCGCGUGCCCUCCUGCAGGGCCUGCGCAGGGAGAUCGACGACGUGCAUGCCCAGUACGACGCGGAAACGGGGGACGAGAUUCCAGUGCAGAGCUGGAACCAGCGGUUUGGCGGGGCCGCUGGGGAGAGCUCAAAAGGGCCUACGCGGGCGGUGAUUAUUGCGAGUGCGGUGGAGAGCUGUUUUUGUGCCGGGGCGGAUUUGAAGGAGAGGAGAGGGUUCACGCAGGAAGAAACCGACGCUUUCCUCAUCACCCUUCGUGCAACCUUCGCCACCCUCGCCGCCCUUCCCGUCCCCACCAUCUCCGCCAUCAGCUCCCUCGCCCUGGGCGGCGGCCUCGAGCUCGCACUGGCCACCCACUUCCGCGUCCUCUCCUCCAACGCCGUCAUUGGCUUGCCCGAGACCCGCCUGGGCAUCCUCCCCGGCGCCGGCGGCACCCACCGCCUCCCCGCCCUGAUCGGCAUUGGCCGCGCUCGCGACCUUAUCCUCACGGGGCGCCGCGUGUCAGCGCCCGAAGCAUACUUCCUCGGCAUCGCGGACAGGCUGGUCGAGGUCCUGCCGGAGGAGGGAGAAGGUGACAAGACGGAGGCUGUUGCGGCUGGGAUUCUGGCGCGGGCGAGGCGGGAUGUGCUGAGCGAGGGGGUGCGGCUCGCCACAGAGAUCUGUGAGGGCGGCCCUGUUGCUGUGCGGGCAGCUCUGCAGGCUGUGCAGAGACCACAUGAGAGUGUAGAGAAUGCCAUGUAUGAGAGGGUUGUCAAGACCGAGGACCGUAAUGAGGCGCUGCGGGCGUUUGGGGAGAAGAGAAAACCUGUGUUUACGGGACGGUGA